AUGGAUACAGGCGGUAUCUCACAACAAUUUCCAAGCAACCUAUCUGCAUUUGGUUUUGAUAUGAAAUAUCCGAUACAUUUUGCUAGUUCUCCAGGAAGAAUGGACGUGAUGGGUGGUAUAGCAGAUUAUUCUGGCUCCAGAGUAAUCCAAAUGCCUAUUGAAUCUCAUACCAGUGUUUAUAUCCAAAGAAAAUGGAAAACCAAGAAAGUAGGUAAAGGUGUAUUUGCAAUAACAUCCAUCAGUGAAUCUGGACAACAUAAGAAAAGAUUCGUAAAAAUUCCAACGUGUACCUUUUUCGUGAACAAGCCAGAAGCAGCGCUUCAUAAAUAUGAGAAUUUGAACCGUAUUUUCUCUCGGAUGAAGAACUGGUGUGCCUAUAUUGUCGGGCCUAUUCUUAUAUGUGCGAAAGAAAAUAAUAUUCAGCUUUCAACCAGGGAUAAUUUUGUUAUCUAUAUAACUUCGUCUAUUCCAGAGGGAAAAGGGGUUUCAUCAUCUGCAGCUGUAGAAAUUGCUUCGAGCUUGGCAUUUUUAUCUCUGUUCGGACAUUCCCCAAGUGCAAAGAAAGUUCGGAAAUAUGCUCCUCUUUAUUCUUUUUUUGCAGAGAAUGCUAUUGCUGGUGUGCCUUGUGGAAUAAUGGACCAGUUAGCUUGUUUCCAUGGUAAAGUAAAGCAUCUAACUCCUUUCACUUGUUCCUUACCUUCUGUGAUGGGCAAACAAAUAGGGUAUUCUAAGAAAUAUUUAAGAUUAUGGGGAAUAGAUAGUACUGUGCGGCACUUCAAUGGUGGUAGUAAUUAUGCUCGAGUCAGAGCAGCGGCAUUUAUGGGACGUCAUAUUAUUAUGAAAGAAUCUCUACUCUCUAGAACUUUUGAAACCCUUUGCUCUAUGAAUAGAGUGUACAACUCCGGGCAAGUGAAUAUUCUGCAUGACUUUAUUGAAAUGAACUUACCCGAGGCAAUCACAGGAAAUGAGUUCAUUGAAAUCUAUGGUAUAGAUCAUGGGGAUGAGAUAACACUACCAAUAUCUCGAGAUUCAGUAUAUUACGUAAGAGCUUCGGUUGAUCUUGCUCUUCGUGAAGAUAAACGAGCAAGAAAAUUUGAGCAAAUGCUGCAUGGCGAUUUAGUUCAAGUGGAUGGGUAUUCACUAGGUGCGCUAAUGCGUGCGUCCCACAUAAGUUACUCUCGCUGUUCAAUGGGUUCUCCCACGACAGAAAUUUUGAUCGAUUUAUUGGACAUUCCUCACAUUUUUGGUGCAAGAAUCAGUGGUGGUGGCUGUGGCGGGCUCGUCAUUUGUCUUACAAAUGAUACUAAAGAGGCAGAAGAAGCAGUAAUGGAAACAGUGGAGAAGUUUUCGACGCUUCUAAAAAUGAGUGUGGGCCAAAUUAGACUUUUCAAAGAAAGCUCUGAUGGGGCAAACAUAUCCAAGUCGUUCUUUCAAUUUCUAUGA